GUGAAACAGUUCAUAUAUGUUCUUGUCACUCCAAUUACCUUGACUUUCCUUUCCCAUCCAAAAGAUGCGCUGUGUUUAUCAUAUUACUGGUCUCUUGACCACAACUUUCUUCUCUCUCGCUAGCACCACGCCUCUAGCAAAAUCUUCGGUCGCGUCUCUCCCACUUCCUGUCACGGAGCUCCAGUUUCUUGGGGACAAAACUUGGGCUGAAAACAUUGCCGUCCGUUCAAAUGGCCAAAUACUCAUCACCCGUCUCGAUAAACCGAUCCUUCAACUCCUUGACCCUGCCAACCAAACAGCUCCUAUAACCCUUCAUACUUUCAACACAACAACCUUCAUCGGACUUCUAGGUAUUACUGAGAUCACACCCUUCUCCGAUGUCUUUUAUGUCGCCCUCCAAACACCCUACACAGCUGUCUUCACAAAGGCUACUAACUAUUCCAAUGCCAUCUACAAAGUGGACUUAAAUACCUUCUCUUCCAAAGCUGGUAUCUUAACCUCCGCUCCAACAGUGUCCCACAUAGCCGAUGUUCCAGAGUCAGUUUUGUUGAACGGCAUGGAUACUCUAGAUCCAGAACAUAUCCUCAUAAGUGAUUCAAUCCUCGGUCAAAUCUACAACCUCAAUGUCGCAACCUCCUCUUACACCAUUCCCCUUAAGCUCUCGUCUAUGGCCAUUCCACCGAAUUCAGAAGCCCAUCUCGGAAUCAACGGUAUCCAUUACCGCUCCCCAUAUCUCUAUUUCGAUAAUCUCGGUGCAAGUACAUUCAACCGCGUACCCAUCGCCCCAAUCACUGCCGCACCAAUAAGUGAUAGUGUGUUGUUAGUAAAUAUAACAGGUCCAGAUGAUUUCAUUAUUCGUGAAGAUGGUACAGUCUUCCUGUGUGGCAACGAUCAAGAUACGCUUUUCAUGUGGAAACAGGGCAUGAGUGAGGUUGUAGCUGUAGCUGGUAGCAACACAUCCACAGUACUGGCUGGCGUUACGGCGGGCGCAUUUGAGAGGGUUGGAGGAAAGGAAGGGAAGAGAUUGUGGUUGACAACUAGCGGUGCCCAAGCCCAGCCUAUAAAUGGCACGAUAACUACAGGGGCUACAGUAUCAUAUGUUGAUACUAAUUGCAUCUAGAGUGCAAUUGCGGCAGACAAGAACGAGGAGAGCAUUUUAAUGUUAACGAAUUACAGAGGACCAGAGGUUAGGAUGGUUUGCGGGGAAAGCUAUAUUCAGAAGUGUUUAUUAUUCAUCUAUUGUCUACGAACAUUAGCCAAUCUCAACGAAACACUGUCAAGAAAAUGGCAAAAUGAAAUCCCCGGGAGUCAAGAGAGUGAUAAUACUUAAGGUUCAAUUUAAACACGUUGUUGACCAAUUAGUGCCUGUUACA